AUGGUUGUCCGUGUCGAUCCACCUGUUCCUACGCAACCACUUUAUCCACCACCAGUAACAAUCAAUCAACUUAAAGCUGUUUAUAAAACUCGCGUUAACGUAAAGCUUCUUAAACCACCAUCAGCAUUCAUCAUUUAUAGUAUUUCUUAUGGUAGAGAAUCCAUACACGUUAAAGGUGCUUACAAGAAUUUAUCUUUGAUAUUACGUUCUGAAAUGAAUCUAUGA